AUGGCGGCGACUCCCUCUAACAAUCGUCUGAAGCUCACGCCCUCCAACUCUCCCUUCUUCGCGCGAGCACCGAAGUCUCCCCUACGAGGCCGACCUGCCCAGGAAUCACGUCUGUCCCUGAAGAGGGUCGUGGGCACCACAUGCUCCUCCCCAUGCGGCCUUGACACGGUCAAAAACUCCUUUGCCUAUAUUGCAGGCGGUGCCGUCGUCGUCGUCCACGUCGAUGGCCAGCAGUACUCGCAACGGUUCUACCGUGCUCGUCCCACGGCCCAGGCUCUCUAUCCGGCUUCCACAAAUCUGAACGCUCCCUCGACGCCCUCCACACCAAAGGCCAACGAUAGCCGAGGCCGUGUCGCCCCUCGGGAAUCGCCGUACAGCGGCGGCGGAGGUCCCGAAUGGGCCGAGUCGCCCGGCUCCAGGACGUGGACCAGCCGAGAGCGUAUCAAGGCUGCCACCUGUCUAUCGCUAAGCUGCGAUGGCAAGUACCUGGCCGUAGGCGAGACCGGGUACGCACCCCGCGUCCUCAUCUUCACCUUGCAGGAUUCCUCAUCCGACACGCCCCUCGUCUCCAUCAGCGAGCACACCUUCGGCGUCAGGGCUGUCGCCUGGUCUCCCGACUCGAGAUACCUCGCCUCCCUCGGUGCCGCAAAUGACGGCUUCCUCUACGUCUGGAAAAUCGACCCCCGCACCGGAGCUGCCAAGCUCUUCCAGCAGAACCGCUGCACGUCCUUUGUCAAGGACAUGGUGUGGCAGGGCAACGUGCUCAUAACCCUCGGCGUACGCCACGUCAAGGCCUGGAAGAUUGACGAAACCCCGUCCAUCUCGCCCACCAAGCCGAAGUUCCCCAGUGAGCCCUCAGCCCCUGCGCCGACCGCCCAAAAGACGUUGCCUGGCCGCAACGUCGUGCUCGGCGCCCUUCUCGAGGCCACAUUCACCUGCGCUGCCGUAUGCAAGCAGGGCUCCAUCCUCUGCACCGAGACGGGCGAUGUCUGUAUAUUCGAUGACGAUGACAGCCACUUGAAGCUGCGCAAGGUGCUCAACCUGGGCUUCCCCAUCACCUCCAUCGGCAUCCAGGACAAGGUGGUCUAUGUGAGCGGCAAGGACGGCCACUAUGCCAGGCUGGAUCUGGCAGGCGUCAUGGAUGCCGUGGAUACCAGCGUCCUGAGCACCACCCAGACUUGCCAGCGCACCGUUGCCAUGGGCUUUCUGGGCCAGAGGCUCGUCACCAUCGAUGCCAACCACUCGAUCGAUAUCUGGAGUGCAGACCACAUGCCGGGAAACCAGGCAGAGGCCGGCGCCCACAUCACGUUGCCCGGCCACGGCGAGGCUAUCGUUGGAAUACAGCCUCUUUGCAAGCCGAACCCCAUGGAUGCCGCGUUCCUCACCUGGUCGGGCUCGGGCAUCGUGGCCUUCUGGGACCUCGAAGGCCGGGUUCGAUCGCUUGUGCACAUCCCUGUGGACACGUCGGACCAGGAGGUCGAACUGGGCCUCGUGAACCAGCUGACGUGCGCCCGUGUGUCGAGGAACGGCAAGAUGCUGGUCACGUCUGACCGCCAGGGUAUCCUCAAGGUGACCGACAUGGUGACGAGCGACUGCCUGCUGGACAUCAAGGCCCACUCUGCCGACUGCCUCUGCAUCAGCCUGUACGAGGACGACGAGUCGUUCCUCAUGGCCAGCUGCGGGCGCGACCGCACCGCGCAGCUCUUCCAUCGCGGCACAGACGGCACCAUCGAGCACUUCCAGACCAUCGACUUCAACUCCAAGGUGGUCCAGGUCUUGGUCCCGUCCGGUGACAAGGUCAUCACCUGCUCCAUGGAUAGGACCAUGCAAGUGCACGAUGUUCUCAAGAGGGAGGACGAUCCUGAUGCCGUCGCCGCGAUCCCCUCCAAGGUCAUCACCUUGAAAGCGUCUCCCACCUCCGUGGUUAUGGGCCCCGAUAACCAGACGGCCUUUGUCUCCUUUCUGGAUCGUUCCAUCUGCCAGUUCGAUCUGAGCACCGGCCGACAACUCUGCACAUUCAAGUGCAUGGACGAGAGCUGUACCGAGUCCGCCGUUCUCGAGUCAUUAUCUCUAGGCCAGUGGCCGCCUAGGGAGAUGAACUUCCUGCUCGGGUGUUCCAACACAGACAAGUCUGUCAGGCUCUACGACGCCGGGUCCGGCUCGUUUCUCGAUCGAGAAUGGGGCCACACCGAGGCAGUCAACGGCGUCUGCCUCAUCGACGACGGUGACGGAAACAAGAAGGCCGUGAGCGUCGGGUCGGACGCCACAAUAAUGAUCUGGACGCUGGACCUGACGGAGCAGCCGCCGCGGACGGUGAGCAGGGACCCGUCGCCCGCCAAGGACCUCUCGACCGGCCGUCCAACCCUCAGGAGGGUCCUUUCCAAGGCUGAGUUGGCCGAGUUCCAACGCUCCUCGCCGUCGGGCGGCCGUCUGCAGGCUUCGCCACCGAGGACGGUGCGACGGCGGACCUCGCGACUGAACCUGACGACCAGCUCGUCCAAGGCGGCCUCGGUAGCUCUACAGAACAACAGCAGCCCCCGAGCCGGUGACGACACACCGUCACGGCGCCCUCCAGGCGAGCCUCGCCAGUACAGCCCUCCACCGAGUCCCAAGUCGCGGAUAUCGCGGCAACCCUCCCUGCCGACCAUCGGCGUAUCGUCUCGCAAGAAAUCACCGACAAACCUGACGAGCGGGAAAGGGACAGGCAGCGGAGGCAGCGGCUUCGGUGCCCGCUCCCUCAACAAGUCGACGGAGCAGACGUGCCGCACGCUGCGGGCAUACCGCAAGAAGCUCAACUCUACAGAGCCCCUCAGUCCAGAGGUCCUCACCGAGCUGGACCGGGAGCUCCGGCUCACGGCGGCCGCCCUGGGUGACAGGGCCAUCCGGAGCAAAGCCAUGAAUGAGACGGUUCUCAGCGGACUGCUGGACCAGUACUCGGAAAGGCUGGUCACGCUGCUGGACCAGAGGUUGAAACUCAACUAUCACCAACCUCACGAGAAUGGGGAGAGCAGCAGCAGCUCCCCGGACUCGCAGACUAUCCGAAAUAUCGACGACGAUUCGGGCUCUUCAUCGCCCUGA